CGACGCAAAAGAAAUAGAAAUACACAGAACAACGAGAAACAAGGCGGGGAGUUGUCUGUCGUCCAAAAUCAUUCGAAUUUAUAGUUAGGGCACCAAAAGUGACGAAAAAUCUCAUCAACUCGUCGUAAUUCACUCAUUCGGAGGAUAAAUUAGCACACAUUCCAGCUUCAUCAUCAUGAUCUUCGAUCCAGAUUCAAUUAUUUUCCCCUAAUUCAACAUCAUAAACACUCACUCUGAUUAUUAUCAUCAUCUAACGAUUUCCAAACCGUAUGACGGAGGGUUUUUGAGCUCGAAAAUUCUCCACAUUCAUAAUCGUAUUCACACAUUCGGUGUUUUGUUACAUUGAUUCGCUGUUUAUAAACUUUUUACGGCGAAUGAGUGGUUAUUAUAACGAUGAAAUGGGUAACAUUGCUUAAAGACUUCAGAGAUAAGGUAGGGUUAUCGUCGCCUAGACAGGCUUCAUCGUCUGCCUCACCGUCCUAUUUUUUGGUUGAGGAUAGUAACAAUGCCACUUCCUCAAGCUAUGAUGACCCAUUGUCAAGAGAAAAAUAUGAACUGGAACUGGACUUCAAGAGGUCCUGGGAAGAGUUCCGGAUAUCGAAUUCAGAGAAGGAGAAGGAAAAAGCCUUGAAUUUUACUAUUGACGUCUUCUGUAGAUUAGUAAAGCAGCAUGCUAAUGUAGCACAACUGAUUUCCAUGUUAGUAGAAACACACAUAUUUUGUUUUGUUGUGGGUAGAGCAUUUGUCACAGAUAUUGAAAAGUUAAAAGUUAGCAGCCAAACAAGAUCUUUGGAGAUUGAAAGCGUGAUAGGUUUUUUCUCAGAGCCUACAGAGGAUGGAGUUCAAGUUGGUUCAAAUUUACUACAAGCAGUGUCGUUCCUUGUUUCCGGGGCUAUUGAUAAACAAUCUCUUCUUGAUUCUGGGAUAUUCUGUUGUCUCAUUCAUAUACUUGAUGCCUUUCUUGUUUCUGAUGGAGUGAAUGCGAGCCAAAAUAUUGUUACUGCUGAAGAGAAACCAGAGGUAACUGAGAAUGCAGCUCCAGAUCGGCGGCUUGAGGUAGUGGGCAGCAUUCUGCAUAUUAUGAAGGCAUUGGCAAGCCAUCCUGCAGCUGCGCAGAGUUUGAUUGAUGACAAUUCUCUUGAGCUACUCUUUCAGAUGGUAGCCAACGGGUCGUCAGUUUUAUUUUCAAGAUACAAGGAUGGGAUUGUCCCCUUGCACGCCAUUCAGCUCCAUAGGCAUGCAAUGCAGGUACUAGGUCUUCUUCUGGUUAAUGACAAUGGGAGCACCGCUGAGUACAUAAGGAAACACCAGUUGAUAAAAGUGUUAUUGAUGGCAGUGAAAGACUUCAAUCCCGAAUCUGGAGAUUCUGCAUAUACAGUGCAUAUUGUGGAUUUGUUGCUUGAAUGUGUGGAAUUGUCAUAUAGACCUGAGGCUGGUGGUAUCAAGCUUAGGGAAGACAUUCAUAACACUCAUGGUUACCAAUUUCUCAUUGACUUCGCAUUAAUUCUUUCAAGAGAUCAGGGUUCUCAAACUAGUCAAAGUUCUGACCAAGAAGGGUCAAAGUCAACUAAUGACAUGGACAUGCAUGAUGAAAUGGGAAAAGAAGACACCUCAUCACCAUCCGUUUCUCCCACACUCUCUAGAUUACUUGAUGUUCUUGUUAAUUUAGCUCAAACAGGCUCAACUGAUACAAGCGGGUCCCCUAGAUCAAAGGGUACAAAGAAUCUUAAUAAUAUUGAUGUUUGGGAGAAGGAUAAUAACAAAGUUAAGGAUCUAGAAGCUGUUCAAGUGCUGCAGGACAUUUUUCUCAAAGCGGAUCGCACGGAGCUGCAGGCUGAAGUGCUAAAUAGAAUAUUCAAGAUCUUUUCAAGUCAUCUUGAAAACUACACGUUGUGUCAGCAGUUGCGAACUGUUCCAUUGUUCAUCCUCAAUAUGGGAGGCUUUCCUCAAUCUUUUCAAGAAAUUAUCCUUAAAAUUCUUGAAUACGCCGUGACUGUUGUGAAUUGCAUACCUGAACAAGAAUUGCUUUCACUUUGCUGCUUGUUGCAACAACCGAUAACGUCUGACUUGAAGUGCACUAUUCUGGGAUUCUUUGUAAAGCUAGUGUCAUUCGAUCAACAGUACAAAAAGUUGUUGAGGGAAGUUGGUGUGCUGGAGGUUUUAUUAGAUGAUCUCAAGUUGCACAAGUUUCUUGUGGGUCCAGAGCAGAACAACCAUGAUGAUAGUGCUGAGGUGGAAACAAACGGUUUCCAGAAACAUCUGGAAAGUCCUAAAUUAUCGGAUUCUGGUUCCACAAAGUUAUGUCUUUUUGAAGAUGAAGGUACAAUUCCAGUUGCUUGGGACUGUUUGAUUUCGUUAUUAAGAAGAGCUGAAUAUAACCAAGUGACGUUUCGUUCUGCUGAUGGAGUAACGACUUCUCUUCCUUUCUUGGCCUCUGAUGUCCACCGCACUGGUGUCCUUCGCGUAUUAUCAUGCUUAAUCAUCGAGGAUUCCGCACAGGCUCAUUCAGAUGAACUGGGUGCACUGAUAGAAAUUUCAAAGAGCGGGAUGGUGAUAACUACUUCGGGAUCUCAAUACAAACUCCCAGACGAUGCAAAAUGCGAUGUUUUUGGCGCCAUGUGGCGAAUUCUAGGAGCUAGCGCAUCUGCUCAGAGAGUGUUUGGUGAAGUCACUGGGUUUUCGCUUAUCUUAACAACCCUUCAUAGUUUCCAGGGAGAUAAAGGACUAAUCAGUCAAUCCUCAAUGACGGUCUGCAUGAAAGUUUUCACAUAUCUGUUGCAUAUGAUUACUGCUGGCACCUGCAACAAUCCUGUUAAUAGAGUAAAGCUACACACGGUUAUUUCUUCUCAAACUUUUUAUGAUCUUUUAUCUGAUUCUGGAUUGAUCUGUGCGGAGUGUGAAAACCAAGUCAUGCAGUUGUUAUUUGAACUUGCUCUUGAGGUUGUGAUUCCACCGUCUUUCACAUCAGAAACUACCGAGAUAUUAGAUGAUACUGGAAAUGUUUCUGCUUUCCAGAUAAUUACUCCAUCAGCUACGUUUCUUCUUGAUAAGCAGAACAUAUAUAAUGCUGGCGCAAUUAGGGUUCUCAUCCAUUUGUUGUUGCAUUUUACUCCAAAUCUUCAACUCAAGUUUCUAAAACUUAUCGAAGAACUUGCUUGUGCUGGCUCUUUUAAUCAAGAAAGCCUUACAUCUGCAGGUUGUGUGGAACUUCUUCUCGAGACAAUACAUCCCUUCCUUUCUGGUUCAUCCUCUCUGCUUUUUCAGGCUUUGAGGAUCAUCGAAGUACUUGGUUCUUAUAGGUUGUCAUCAGCAGAACUGCAGGUGAUAAUAAGAUAUAUAUUGCAAGUGAGACACAUGAAAUCCGGUCUUACGCUCAUUACUAUGAUGGAGAGGUUUACGGUUUCGGGGAAUAUUCCUCUUGCACCGUUUGUAGAUAUGGAUAUGAGCAAAUCGGGGCAUGCAUCUAUCCAAGUACCAUUGGGUGAAAGAUCAUGGCCCCCUGCUGCCGGCUAUUCUUUCGUUUGCUGGUUUCAAUAUCAGAAUUUAUUAAAAACAGUUGGCAAAGAAACGGAACCUUCACAAAUCAUGCGUAUAUUCUCUGUUGGUGCUACAGAUGGCGGUAACAGCAAUACCUUCUAUGCAGAGAUUUAUCUUCGAGAGGAUGGAACGUUAACGCUAUCAACCAGCAACUCGUCUUCAUUGUCAUAUACAGGUCUAGAUAUAGACGAGUACAGAUGGCAUCAUCUUGCUGUGGUACAUAGCAAACCAAAUGCAUUAGCUGGAUUAUUCCAAUCUAGUGUUUCAUACGUUUAUCUUAACGGAAAGCUUAGACACACAGGGAGAUUAGGGUACUCUCCCUCGCCAGCUGGCAAGUCUCUGCAGGUAACAAUCGGGACACCUGUCAGUUGUGCAAGGGUUAAUGAUUUGUCCUGGAAAAUCAGGUCUUGCUAUCUGUUUGAAGAGGUAUUGACACCUGGUUCAAUUUGUUUUAUGUAUAUUCUGGGUAGAGGGUAUACUGGUCUUUUCCAAGACACAAAUCUUUUGCAAUUUGUCCCGAAUCAGGCUUGUGGUGGUGGAAAUAUGGCUAUCUUAGACUCUCUUGAAAUUGAUUUUGCAUUGGCUUCUAACAUACAGAAACCUGAUACUGGUAAUAAGCAAGGUGGUUCUAAGACAGAUCGUAGUGGUGUUGUUUGGGAUCUUGAAAGAUUAGGAAAUCUUUCACUACAGCUUUCUGGAAGAAAACUAAUAUUUGCAUUUGAUGGAACUUCUACGGAAGCUUCUAGAACGUCUGGAACUUUGUCAAUGCUCAAUUUAGUUGAUCCAAUGUCCGCAGCUGCUUCUCCAAUGGGAGGUAUACCACGCUAUGGACAUCUUCAUGGGGAUAUAUAUGUAUGCAAGCAUUCGAUAAUAGGUGAAACGAUGCGAUCCAUAGGUGGGUUACCCAUGGUCCUAGCCAUGGUUGAAGUAGCUGAAACCAGAGACAUGCUGCACAUGGGGCUCACACUUCUCGGAUGUGCACUUCACCAAAAUCCACAAAAUAUUAGGGACAUGCAAUCUUAUAGAGGAUAUCACCUGCUAGCACUCCUACUACAUUCCAAAAUGUCAUUAUUCGACAUGCAUUCACUCGAGAUCUUUUUUCAAAUUGCGGCUUGUGAAGCUUCUUUUCCUGGACCAAAAAAGUUGGAAAAAAUCAGUAACGAUAACGUUCCGCCACCUGCUGAAACAUAUGAAGAAUCCAGCACCUCUGUGGAACUUAAUUUGUUAAAUGAAGUUUCUUCAGUUGGUUCACAUGGAGAUAUGGAUGAUUUUUCUGAAACCAAAGACAAUUUUAGUCAUAUAUCAGAACUCGAUAACACUGAAUUUCCAGCUGAAACGUCAAACUGCAUUGUUCUUUCAAAUGCAGAUAUGGUUGAACACGUACUACUGGAUUGGACCCUUUGGGUGGCAGCAUCGGUUCCAAUACAACUUGCUCUUCUGGGAUUUCUUGAAAACCUAGUUUCAAUGCAUUGGUACAGAAAUCACAAUCUUACUGUAUUAUGUAAGAUAAAUCUUAUUCAACAUCUUUUAGUAACCUUACAAAGAGGCGAUGUGGAAGAUCCCGUUCUAGAAAAACUAGUUGAUUUGCUUGGGGUAAUUUUGAAAGACAGGUUUGUAAUUUCUGAACUGGAACAUGUUGUUAGAUUUGUAAUCACGACCUUUGACCCUCCUGAACUGACAUCAAAAGGUCAAAUCAUAAGGGAGUCAACGGGGAAGCAGAUUAUCGUUAGAAAUAUGUUGCUCGAGAUGCUAAUUGAUAUUUUGGUGACAGUUACAUCAGAAGAAUUGCUUGAACAGUGGCAUAAAAUCGUUUCGUCAAAGUUAAUAACUUAUUUUUUUGACGAAGCGGUUCAUCCCACUAGUAUGAGAUGGGUUAUGACUCUUCUUGGUGUGUGUUUAACUUCACCUUCUACGUUUUCUCUUAAAUUUCGCACAAGUGGAGGAUAUCUAGGGUUAGUAAAAGUGCUUCCUAGUUUUUACGACUCCCCCGAGAUAUAUUAUAUUCUUUUCUGUUUAAUAUUUGGGAAACCCGUUUAUCCAAGAUUACCCGAAGUUCGUUUGUUGGACUUUUAUGCCCUUAUGCCUAGUGAUGGAAGUCAGACCGAGUUGAAGUUUUUGGAACUUUUGGAUUCUGUUAUCGUAAUGGCAAAAUCGACAUUUGACAGGUUGUCUAUUCAGACAAUGAUUGCCUGCGAAAGCGGUGAUAUAAAUCUGAUUGGUGCAGGGCUUGCGGCAGAACUUUUGAAUGGAAAUACCGAGAUGACCGAUGAGCUUCAGGGUGAAGCUUUGAUGCAUAAAACAUAUGCCGCCAGGCUCAUGGGCGGAGAUGCUUCGGCUCCAGCUGCUGCAACUUCGGUUCUUAGAUUCAUGGUUGAUUUAGCCAAAAUGUGUCCACCUUUUUCUGUUGCGUGCAGACGGGCCGAGUUUCUUGAAAACUGUGUGGAUCUUUAUUUUUCCUGUGUCAGGUCAGCUCAUGCUGUGAAGAUGGCAAAAAAGUUGUCUGUGAAGCCAGAAGACAAAAAUCCAAACGACCGUGAUGAUACCGGUAGUUCUCACAAUAGCUUGCCACUUGAGCAAGAAGAGUGUACUGAAGAUAUUCCUGUUGCCACAAACAAUUCAGAUGGAUAUAAAGAAAAUAACAUACCUGCAUCAUCUUUAAGUGUGUUAGAUUCCUCGUAUUUACCAGAGAAAUCCACUGGGGUACACCGAACACCUUCAUCACAAAAUCUUGCAGUGAGUCUCAUCGACACAAAACCGAAGUUAACUUUAUCUCCAUCAAUGGCAUCGACUGUAUCCUUGUCUGAAUUUGAUGCCACGUCAGAGUCGAAACGCCCUCCGGUAAUUCCAAACACCACAGACCCAAUUUUCACAAUUAACCCGCAGAUGCUUCUAGAAGCAGACGAUUCUGGUUACGGAGGUGGCCCAUGUUCAGCGGGAGCAACCGCCAUUCUAGAUUUCAUGGCUGAAGUUCUUUCAGAUUUCGUAACUGACCAGAUAAAAGCUGCACCCGUUAUCGAAAACAUUCUAGAAAGCAUUCCUCUGUACAUUGAUGUCGAAUCCGUCUUGGUUUUCCAAGGUUUGUGCCUUGGUAGACUGAUGAACUUUCUAGAAAGACGUAUCUUGCGUGAUGAUGAAGAAGACCAAAAGAAACUUGAUAAAACUCGUUGGUCAACGAAUUUAGAUGCGUUAUGUUAUCUGAUAGUUGACCGUGUAUAUAUGGGCGCGUUUCCCGAGCCUGUUGCUGUAUUGAAAACUCUCGAGUUCUUGUUAUCUAUGUUGCAGAUGGCGAAUAAGUAUGGUAGAAUUGAACAAGCAGCACCACCUAGCAAAGGGUUACUGUCUAUUGGAAGAUCAAAACAACUCGAUGCUUAUAUACUUUCAAUGUUUAAAAACUUGAAUCGUACGAUUAUGUACUGUUUUCUUCCUUCUUUCUUGAUCUCUAUCGGAGAAGAUGAACUUGUUUCACGUCUAAGGUUACAAAUUGAGCCCAAGAAAAGAUUUAUUCUUAACGACUCAGAAGACGACAACGUGAUCGAUAUUUGCACGGUGUUACAGUUGCUCGUUGCUCAUAAACGAGUAAUAUUCUGCCCAAGUAACCUUGAAAACGAUCUGAAUUGCUGUUUGUGUAUAAAUUUAAUCUCUCUUUUACAUGACGAGAGGCAAAACGCACAGAAUCUGGCUGCUGAUAUUCUAAAACAUCUGUUGCUGUACCGGAAAACCGCACUAGAAGACCUGCUCGUGUGUAAAACAAAUCAAGGAUCAGUUUUGGAUGCUUUUCAUGGUGGUUUUGAUAGACUUGUUACCGAAAGUAUGCAAUCUUUUUUAAAAUGGCUUCAAAGUUCUGAAAUUUAUGUUGAUAAAAUAUUGGAACAGUGUGCUGUGGUUAUGUGGGUUCAGUAUAUUGGAACAUCUGUGAAGUUUUCGGGAGUGCGAAUUAAAGGUAUGGAUAGCCACCGUAAAAAAGAAAGUACCAAAAAAAAGGAUUCAAGAAAGUUUGACCAAAGACAUUGGGAGCAGAUUAAAGAAAGACGAAUCGCACUGGAAUCGGUUCGUGAUCAUAUGUGUACUGAAUUGAGACUUGUUCGUCAAGAUAAGUACGGGUGGGUACUUCAUGCUGAAAGUGAGUGGCAAACACAUUUACAGCAACUCGUACACGAACGAGGUAUAUUCCCCUUGCCCAAAUUGGGCACAAGUUAUGAUCCCGUAUGGCAGCUUUGUCCCAUCGAAGGUCCGUUUAGAAUGCGGAAAAAGAUCGAAUGGUGUAAACUGAAAGUCGACAUGAUUGAAUCCAUCUUAAAUGUCGAGUUUGAAGGUCGGGAGAAAAACGAACAUGAUCUCAAGAAUUCUGAUUCCGGCUCUGGUUCUUUCUUAAAAGUUUUACCGUUUGAUGAGUUGUAUGACGACAGAGAUUAUGUAAAAGACGGGGGUUCCGGUCAAGUUGGGUGGAAUGAUAAGGAUAGUAGUAUUUUCGAUGCAUGUAUUCAUUCUGCUGCUGAAUUUACCGUUAAUGUCAGCACAGCGGUUGCACCAAAAGCAGAAAGCGUAUUCGAAAAUUCCGAGGUUGGUUCGUUAAGACGAUAUGCUUCCGUAAGAUCUGAUAAUGUUAGAGUGACCGAUGACAAAAUCGAUAAGGAGUUAAGUGACAACGGGGAGUAUUUAAUUAGACCGUAUCUGGAACGUAAUGAGAAAAUUAAAUUUAAAUAUAAUUGUGAAAGAGUUGUUAGUCUUGAUAAACAUGACGGAAUCUUUUUAAUCGGAGAACUUUGUCUAUACGUUAUUGAGAAUUUUUAUGUUGAUGAUUCCGGGUGCAUAUGUGAGAAAGAAUGCGAAAACGAUCUCUCGGUUAUUGAUCGGGUUUUGGGUGUAACAAAAGAUGCGUCUUUAAGCGUUGACUCUCAGUCAAAGUCACCUUCAUCCUGGGGAGCGGAUGUAAAUAAACACAGUGGUGCAUGGGGUAAUGAGAGUGCAAUUAAUAGCAGAAAUGUACCUCAUUUGUGGCGAAUGUGGAAGCUUAAUAGUGUUCAUGAACUUUUGAAACGUGAUUAUCAGCUUCGUCCUGUUGCUAUUGAAAUAUUCAGUAUGGAUGGAUGCAACGAUCUUUUGGUUUUUCAUAAAAAGGAAAGGGAAGAAAUUUUCAGAAAUAUGCUCGCAAUGAAUCUUCCUAGAAACAGCACGUUUUUGGACCCCACAAUCUCUGGAUCACUGAAACAAGAAAGCGCCUUCAAGCUUACGGCUAAACCUUUUUCCAAAAGGUGGCAAAACGGAGAAAUUAGCAACUUCCAGUACCUGAUGCACCUCAACACUCUUGCGGGUCGCGGUUACAGUGAUCUUACUCAGUAUCCAGUCUUCCCUUGGAUUUUGUCAGAUUAUGAUAGUGAAAAUUUGGAUUUAACCAACCCCAAAACGUUCCGGAAGCUUGAUAAGCCCAUGGGUUGCCAAUCACAAGAAGGGGAAAUGGAGUUCAGGAAAAGGUUUCACAGCUGGGAUGAUCCUGAGAUUCCGAAAUUUCAUUAUGGUUCUCACUACUCUAGUGCUGGAAUCGUACUCUUUUAUCUUAUACGUUUGCCACCAUUCAGUGCGGAAAAUAAAAAGCUGCAGGGGGGGCAGUUUGACCAUGCUGAUCGGCUUUUCAAUAGCUUACGUGACACGUGGACAAGUGCUGCUGGAAGAAGCAACACCUCAGAUGUAAAAGAACUCAUCCCAGAAUUCUUUUAUAUGCCAGAAUUCUUGGAGAACCGUUUUGAUCUUGACCUUGGGGAGAAACAGUCAGGAGAAAAGGUUGGAAAUGUUGGAUUGCCUCCUUGGGCCAAAGGUUGUACUAGAGAAUUCAUCAAGAAGCAUAGAGAAGCUCUGGAAUCUGAUUAUGUUUCCGAAAAUUUGCAUCAUUGGAUAGAUCUUAUAUUUGGUUACAAACAACGAGGCAAGGCGGCUGAGGAAGCUGUGAAUGUUUUCUACUAUUAUACAUAUGAAGGAAGUGUUGACAUAGAUGCAGUUGCUGACCCUGCAAUGAAAGCGGCAAUUCUUGCUCAAAUUAAUCACUUUGGUCAAACCCCUAGGCAACUUUUUUUACGUCCCCAUGCCAAAAGAAGAACCGAUAGAAAACUUCCUUUAAAUCCACUCAAAUUCUCUUCUCGUCUCACGCCACACGAAAUCCGCACGAUUACAUCUUCAGUAGCACAAAUUGUCACAGUUAAUGACAGGAUUAUAGUCUUAGGUCAAAAUAACAUAAUUAAACCCAUGACCCACACCAAAUAUGUUGCAUGGGGCUUCCCUGACCGUAGCUUGAGAUUCAUGAGUUAUGAUCAAGACCGGCUCUUGUCUACCCAUGAAAAUCUUCAUGGUGGUCAGCAGAUCCAGUGUGUGAGUGCUAGCCAUGAUGGUCAACUUCUGGUCACAGGUGCAGAUGACGGUUUGGUUUGCGUUUGGCGUAUAAGUAGCUACAGUGGGCCCCGUGCGCCACGUAGAUUGUACUUAAAGAAAACUUUGUGUGCUCACACGGCUAAAAUCACGUGUCUUUACGUUUGCCAGCCGUACAUGAUGAUUGUAAGCGGUUCAGACGAUUGCACCGUCAUCCUAUGGGAUCUUAGCUCAUUGGUCUUUCUUAGACAGCUUCCGGAGUUCCCAUUCCCGAUUUCGGCUAUUUUAGUCAAUGAUUUAACCGGUGAUAUUGUGACGGCUGCUGGUGUUUUGCUGGCGGUUUGGAGUGUGAACGGUGACUGUCUCUCGGUGGUCAACUCUUCUCAACUUCCUUCUGAUCUUAUUUUGUCUGUGACCACUUGUAUGUUUUCUGAUUGGCUGGAAACAAAUUGGUAUAUAUCCGGUCACCAAAGUGGGGCCAUAAAGGUCUGGCAAAUGGUUCAUAAUUCUUCUGAAUCAGCUCAAACUCAGAAGCAACCUUCUUCACAGUUGCAAUAUGGGUUAGGGCUUGGUGGUAAAUUACCAGAUUACACAUUGGUGUUACACAAGGUGCUUAAGGGUCAUAAGCAUCCAGUCACUGCGCUUCACAUAUCAAGUGAUUUGAAGUUAUUGCUGAGUGGUGAUUCUGGUGGGCAUUUGUUUUCAUGGACAUUGCCUGAUGAAACUUUACGGAAUUCUGUUAAGUGGGGGUGAUUGCAGGUAAAACCGAGAUGUGAAAGUCAAAGUCAAAGUCAAAGUCCUGUGUCCUGUUCUCUAAAGAGAGGACAAGAGACUGCUUCCUACAAGUCAAAGUCAAAGGGUUGACCAAGUAUUGAGAAAGAGAGAAGAAAGGGGCCAAGAUGGGUUCGGGUGAGCGUGAUCUUGGCUGCAAUUGCCGUGUUUGGGUGAGGUUUGACUCGGGGCCGGGACACAUUCUGAUAUUUGAAAUGUGGUAGUAGAUGGAGAUGCUAGAGUAGUGAAUAUUUUGUUGUACAUAGAAGGUGUAGGGGUAGUUUCAGUGUUGUAAAGUUUUGGGUCGGGGUGUUUGUGCGGAUGAUUGGCGCACACAUUAAGGCCCUGUUUGGCUCGGGGUGUACAGUUGAUUUGUAAAUUAUCAUAUGUGAUUUGUUAUAGUUAUAUGAUCUAC